AUGUGCAACCGUGCUGGACGCGUAUGCCAGGGAUAUGUGGCGCCACCCGACAGGAGAACUCGGGAAGUCCGAGAUGCGCGCACCGCAAAGACAAAUGGUGGCGCCCUAAACAUUGUGCAUGUAGGCCAGCAACAAGCCCAAUCCGUCGGUUUGGUCCACGUGAUUGAUGGCAGCCAAGUUGGCUUGUCGCGGAUGGAACGGGAUUAUCUGUAUUCAUUCCGUUCAUAUACUGCUGCCCAGUGUGCUGGGUAUAACUGCGACCCAUUCUGGGAAGUUCUUGUCCAUCAAGUCUGUGAAUCUUGCCCGGAGGUCCGCCAUGCAGCUAUUGGUAUCGGUGCCUUGCAUCGUAGAUUUGCGAAUCCCAGUUCCGACCGGAAUGACGUUUUCCCCAUGCGGCAGUCCACAAAGGCCAUCGCUUGUCUUCGCACGGCUAUGAUGAACGACGACCAAUCGGAUCCCUCGGCCACGGAGAAGGUGUUGGUGGCUUGUGUUGUUUUAGUUAGCUUCGCUCUCUUUCAAGGCGAUGUUGAUGCUGUUCGCUGUCAUCUCCAAGCUGGCACUAAACUACUCUGGGAAUGGAGGAAGAAAAAACCUAAGAGCUUGGUCACUUCGAUUUUAUUACAUUCAUUUAUACAGCUCCAUAUCCAUUGGGCAAGCGCUACAAGGCUCCAGGAUUAUACGGGAGGAGACUAUCCCUAUCUCCUAGAACUUAUCCAUGAUAACCUCGACGAUAUUGCUACACAUGCCAAUGAACAGUCAAGAGCGACUCUCCUGGUAUCUGUUCAAGCUUGGGCGAUAAUGUUAAGUUACCCCGUGUCGCUUGACCCGAUGACCACCAAUGCUUCGCAAGGAUUUACAUGGGACACCCCUGCGAACAAGGUCCAUCGAUUUAAUACGCAAGCGGAUGAGUGUAUUGUUCUCCACCAAAAGACUGCCUGCCCUACAAAGCUCCGUGCCUUCAUGGUCAUUCAGAUGCAGAUUGAGAUGAUGAAAAUUGUCCUCGCCUCAACAACGUUUUCAGGCUCUGAAACAGAAUGGGAUGCUCUCUUUCCCCAUUUCCAGGCGAUUGUCGAUAUAGCAGGAAAGUUGUUGAGUAGCUUUGAUCAGUUGCCAGACCCACUGUUUUCUGUCAAGGAAGGAUUCUUAGGAGCCCUCAUGUUUUGUGGACUCAAAUGUCGCGAUUGGACGGUUCGACAGAAGGUGAUGACCAUCUGCCGAAAGUACAAUCGACGAGAGGGGAUGUUCUCUACCGCCGAGGCUGCUCUCUUCUUACACCGUAUCUACGAUGUUGAGUCUGCUGGUAUUCCACCAGGAGAAGAAAUACCAGAGUCCAAUCGUAUCAAUGCAGUGUUCAUCGCGGAACAUCCCAACCUUUCAAAAUUCCAAACCCAAAGUCACAUCAAAUAUCGUGAUAACGAUGGAAAUUGGUACAGCGAAUGGCUGUCACCAUGA